CUCUCUAGUGUUCUUGUUCUGAGCAUGCCCAUCUGCCAUAUAGACCCAACCGAAGCAAGCCACAACUAUUAAAAAGGAUAGCUUUGACAGAACUACUCUCCCUAUCUCCAUGGCUGUAUCAUAAAGUCAUAAUGAAAACAUCCCUAACAAGGUCGUAACUCUACCCAACCAUGACCACCAAUUUCUGACGGAUCUACUUUCCCUUCAUAGCUUGCCAAUUGACAAAACAAAGGUAAUUAGGGGAGGGAUUUUUGGGAUUUUGAAUAAUGAGGUUUAUAAUUUCAUUUUCUUUAGCGUUUAUUUCUUAAUUUUUUGGAGUUGUGUUGAAUUGAUGUUUUAAAUCACCAAUUUUUCAUGAGUGAUUUGGAUCUGGGUAAGUCAUAGCAAUAAGCAUCAAGAAGAAAUCUUUUCAUUUAGGGUUAGGAAUUUGAGUGAUUUAAUGCGAAGGGGUCAAAGAUGGAAGAGGGUUUGUGGGUUGGGAUGGAAGAUGAGGAGGGGGGAAGCUGAAAGUGUUAUUUGCCAUCUUAUUGUUGUUGGAGUUUCAUUUUCGUGCAUUUUCUGUUGAUUUCUUGAGAAAGGUUGUCAAGAGAAGAAGAAUUAUAGAACCGAAUAUGCUAAGGUUAUGAGUUGCAGGAGAAGAAGACCAUUUUUCUCAGGGUUAAAGCCAAAUGUAGUCCUCGUACUUUGUAAAAUUGUUUGUUACCGUCCCUCUACUAAGGAAAUGUUUGAUGUCGUCCCUCUACUUUCCUUACAGUAUAAAUGUCAUCCCUUUACUACACAUUUUUUGUUCAAUGUCAUCCCUAAUGGGAUGCCAUCCAUACUUCCGUUAAUUUUAACCGUUAAUUACUAAUGGCCAAAGAUCUAACUUAUUGUUUUUGUUGCUCUGUUUUUGAGAUAGGGACAAUUAGAGCAUAUAAAUUCCUAUAAUGUGCUGCCUUGUUUUUGUUUUUGUUGCUCUAUUUUUUUAAGUCAUGUCUUGUAUAAGCAAGCAAUAGAGCAAAGUUUACAGA